AUGCCCCCCCUAGGCGGCAUGCAGCCGACGUCGCGUGACUCUCUCGAGCUUGCGUCCCUGGCGAGCUCGAGCAUGUUCAACGACGGCGCCGAGUCGGAUGUGUCGUCGCGACAGAGCAUCUCAUCCUCGCGCAGGCUAUCGCUGGUGGAGGAGGAAGACCCCCUCGACGAUGGGAAUCCCGCGACGGGGCAGAUGCAGGACCGGUCCUACUCGGUCUCCUCGGCCUUUGACUUUGCCGGAAGCAUGUUUCCCUUGAGCUCGACGACGGGAGCGGGUGGCUAUGCGCCGAUCGGGGAAGCGACGACGGCCACGCGACCGGCCGGCGGGCUGGGAGGCGAAUCGUUGGAGAAGCGCAAGACGUUGACGUACCUGAAUGGGCUGUCGCUCAUCGUCGGCUUGAUCAUCGGCUCGGGCAUAUUCUCUUCGCCCAGCCAGGUGAGCUCCAAGGUUGGAUCCGCCGGGGCUUCGUUGGUGGUCUGGGUCGUCUCCGGCGUCCUCGCCUGGACGGGCGCCGCGUCCUACGCCGAGCUCGGGGGCGCCAUACCACUCAACGGCGGUGCGCAGGUCUACCUGGCAAAGACGUUCGGCGAGAUUGCCGGAUUCCUCUUCACCUGGACGGCCGUCCUGGUGCUGAAGCCGGGGAGCUCGGCCAUCAUCUCCAUCAUCAUGGGCGAGUACUUUGUCCGGGCCCUCAUCGGCGCCGAGGCCGAGACGAUCAACCCGUGGGUCAGCAAGUCUGUCGCCAUGCUCGGCAUCGCCGUCGUGACGUUUCUGAACUGCGUGUCGACGCGGGUGGGCACGCGGGUCAACGAUUUACUCAUGGUUUUGAAGUUUGUGGCCUUGCUCGGCGUUACCAUCACGGGCAUCGUCGUCGCGAUCACGGGAUAUACGGUCGAGAGCAACGGCCAGACGGAGUGGAAGAAGAAAAACUGGUUCGAGAAUACGUCGUCCGACUUGUCCAACUGGGCCGUCGCCCUCUACGGCGGCUUGUGGGCGUUUGACGGCUGGGACAAUACCAACUACGUCGUCGGCGAGUUUCGCAACGCCAGCCGAGACCUGCCGCGGGUGAUACACACGGCCAUGCCGCUCGUCAUCGUGUCGUAUGUGCUGGCCAACAUGGCCUACUUUUUCGUCCUCGACAUCGAGGUGAUGAACAGCUCCAACACCGUCGCCGUCAUGUUCGGCUCCAAGGUGUUCGGGACCGUCGGAGCCUUGGUGAUCGCCUUGCUGGUCAGCGCCAGCUGCUUCGGCGCCCUCAACUCCUCCACCUUCACGGCGGGCCGGCUGGUCUACGUCGCGGGCAAGGAGGCCUACAUACCGAGCUUGUUCGGCCGCAUCGGCGUUGGAGGCGACGACGAAGGUCACUCGACCGUGCGUACGCGCAGUUGGUUUUCCAAGAAGCUGCACAGAUGCUUCGGCGACGACGACAUGGGCAUGUUCUACACACCCGUGUACGCCCUCACCCUCAACGGCGUCCUCACCAUGGGCUACUGCAUCGCCGGCGAGUUCUCGACCCUCGUCACCUUUUACGGCGUCGCCGGCUACACCUUCUACUUUGUCACAGUCCUCGGCCUCAUCAUCCUGCGGGUCAAGGAGCCAUACCUGGAGCGGCCGUACAAGACGUGGAUCACGACACCCAUCAUUUUCUGCUGCGUGAGCCUGUUCCUUCUCAGCCGGGCCGUGUUUGCCCAGCCGUUGCAGACCUUGAUCGUCGUGGCAUUCGUCGCCGCCGGAAUUCCCGUCUACUUUUGGAGAACGAGGGGCCGGGAUCAGGCUUCGAGGAAGGCAGUGGAUCCGGGCGAGAAGAAGUGGUGGAAGUUCUGGAGAUGA